UAACAAAGCACUAGGUUCUUUUUUCACUCCAAUAAAAACAAUAAUCAGCUGAUUGAAUGACGAUGCUCAACACAAAGCAAAAUUCGUGACCUCGUUCAAUAGUCAAUCCUCUGCUUACUAUUUAUGUUACUAGAGGCGUUGGAUUCGCAAAUCAACAAUAUGGCUAUAUCUUCAGAUAAAAAUUUGAAAGCUAGCUGUUUGAGCAAGAGAUAACCAGAAUUGAUGGCAACAACUGUAAAAAUAUAAAUAACAAAAAUAAAUCAGUAUUAACAUAAAAGACGCAGUAAAAUGCUAAUGAAUAUCUUCAUUGCCGACUUGUAUAUAUUUGACAUCAACAAAAACAUGAAAAAACAGCCACAUGUAAUAACCUAAAAAAUAUGAAUAUUAUGUACAUAAAUAUUGGAGCAUAUUUUUACUAAGAAUAUUUAUUAAAAUGACUAAACAUUCAAACAAACUUUCAACUGAUACAAGUUCAAAGAGUGACCAGUUAAAACCACAUAAUGAAUUACUCAGUAAUCGGGCACUUUAUAUAAUAUUUAUUCUUGUUUCUACAGUAAAAUUUUUAUUAAUUCCAACAUAUCAUUCAACAGAUUUUGAAGUUCACCGUAAUUGGCUUGCAAUAACAUACAGUCUGCCGAUAAAAGAAUGGUACAUAACUGCUAAGUCAGAAUGGACCUUGGAUUACCCUCCUUUUUUUGCAUGGCUGGAAUUUUUAUUCAGUCAAAUUGCCAAAUUUGUUGAUCCCGAAAUGCUCAAAAUUGACAAUCUGAAUUAUGACUCACCUGAAACGAUAUUUUUCCAAAGAACAACGGUCAUCAUUGCAGAUUUGAUGUUUCUAUAUGGAGUUCGAGAAAUUGGAAAAGUAUUUUGUAACUCCCAAAAUAAUUUUAUGGCAUUUGGUUGUUUAUCAUUGUGUAAUAUCGGUUUACUGAUGGUUGAUCAUAUACAUUUUCAAUACAAUGGAUUUUUAUUGGGAAUACUUUUAUUGUCAAUAGCAAAAGUUUGCAAAAACGAAAGUAUUAGUAUUUUACAAGGAGCAGCGUGGUUUGCAAUUCUGUUAAAUCUCAAACAUAUUUAUUUAUAUGUAGCCCCAGCGUUUAUUGUUUGGUUACUUAAAUGUUAUUGUUUUAGAGAUAAUAAAUUUUUUACACGAUUAACUCAACUUGGAGUGAUCGUGUUAACAAUCACAUUUGUUUCUUUUGGGCCGUUUUUAUCUCAAUUGCCACAAGUGUUUUCAAGACUUUUCCCGUUUAAACGAGGUUUAGUACAUGCUUACUGGGCUGCAAAUGCCUGGGCGUUGUAUAUUGGUGCAGAUAAAAUAUUGUCCGUAAUUUCAAAACGAUUUGGUUGGAUAGCAACUACAAAAACUGCAUCAAUGACUGGUGGUCUAGUACAAGAAGAUACCUUAGCCAUUUUACCAACUCCUACGCCUCUUGUUACAUUCGUUGCUACACUUUUAUCAAUACUGCCUGUUAUUUUUUUAAUAUUAAAGAAGAAACAAAAACAUCUACAUCGAGAAGAUUUUGUAAGAUGUAUUAUUUUAUGUGCAUUAAGUUCAUUUAUAUUUGGAUGGCAUGUCCAUGAAAAGGCAAUUUUAACCGCAAUCAUUCCAUUAAGCCUUUUAGCUACUCUCAAUAAAAAUGAUGGUAGAAUAUUCAUGAUCCUGAGUUCAGCAGGACAUACAGCUAUUCAACCUCUUCUCUUUCCAUAUGAUUUAACUUUAUUAAAAAUUUUAAUGCAUUUUAUUUAUUCACUCGCUGAAAUUUUAUGCUUCCAAGAACUUUUUAAUUCAUCACUAUUAAAAAUUCACGAGUGGAUAUAUGUGAUAAUUUUACCUUUUAUAACAAUUUAUGAAACUGUUAUUCAUAAAAUAAUUUUUGGACAACAAUUACCAUUUCUACCACUGGCUUUAACUUCAAUUUACUGUGCAAUUGGUGUUAUUUACUCAUGGGUACUUUAUUACUAUGUAUUUUAUACUAAUUGUACCGUGACUGACAUAGAAAGCAGUAAUGUGAAAACAAGUCAAAAAGUACAAACUAAAGUUGAUAAAUUAAAAAAACGCAAUUAAAUGAUUUAUA